UUUCAGAGCAACGCAAGGUCGACACAGGUGGAAUGGCAAAGGAAACGGAGAACUUGUUCGUCAAGCAAGCUGAGGUUUACAAGAGAGCGAGGCCGCAUGCCCCAGAGGAGCUCUAUUCAUACUUGGCGUCGCUCACCCCAUCUCAUGAAUUGGCAUGGGAUGUGGGCACUGGCAAUGGUCAAGCUGCAGCUGUGAUCUCCAAGCACUACAAGAAGGUCAUAGCAACAGAUGUGGCUGCUGAACAGCUUAGCCACGCUGAGCAAAGGCCCAACAUCACUUACGCUGCAACUCCAACUACCCUUUCUAAAGACGACCUAACCCGUAUCGUCGGUCCUGAAGGCUCAGUUGAUUUGGUCCUAAUCGUCGAAGCGCUGCACUGGUUCGACCUCGACAAAUUCUACGACAACGUAAAGUAUGUUCUUCGCAAGCCAGGGGGGUUGAUCGCAGCAACUGUUUAUCCGCCCAUGCUCAGAGUAAACCCCCGACUAGACAAAGUCCUCAACGAUUUUAACGACACCAUUAAACAUCACUGGGCUCCUCAAGUGGAUCAUGUGGUGAAUUUGUACAAGAACCUUCCCUUUCCUUUUGCACCCGUAGAGCAAGCAGAUGAAAGAGUCUCUCGAUUUAAGAUGUCUUUGGAUGCCACCCUCGACGAUUACCUGAAUUACCUUGAGUCGUGGUCGGCAGUGCAAACUGCUAUCGACAAUGGGGAGGAUCCUCUGAACGAGCAUUGGAGGAAACUAUUUGCUGAGGCAUGGGGAGCUCCGGAGACAGAGCAUACCGUGAAGUGGCCUUUCAAGGUCCUUCUCGGUAAAGUGUAAAGGGUUACUUACUCCAUAGUCGACUGAGUUUCUUGAGAAAUUUGGUGACCAUUCCAUGUACUUUCUGAUGAGAAAUGAAGAAGAAAUCUACGAUCUCUGAUUCAUAA